AUGUGCAUCGCGGACUGCAAGUAUGACGUUGUCCGAGCAGCGGCCCAGGCGAAAGGUUGGAAGCUUGUCAACGAGGACCCUGAAGCGAGCUCCACCCGAAAGUGCCACGUGUACUGGAUCGACGUGCCCGCCAUUGUGGAGCGAAUGCAGCACCUACACAGGUGGCAACGCAUCAACCACUUCCCGGGUAUGUCCAACGUUGCGCGCAAGGGUCGCUUGGCGCAAAACCUCGACCGCAUGAGGCGGACUUUCCCCCACGAGUACAGCUUCUACCCCAGAACUUGGGUGCUGCCCGUGGAGUGGGGAACCUUCAAGACGGAGUUCGACACCAGCGGGAAGUCGACGCGAACAUUCAUCGUUAAGCCGGACAGCGGGUGCCAGGGCCGCGGCAUUUUCCUCACCCAGAACCUCGAGCGAGUGGAAGCCACGGAGAGCCAGGUGGCCCAGCUUUACGUUCAAAGGCCACUCCUGAUCGAGGGCUUCAAGUUUGACCUCCGUCUGUACGUCCUUGUCACCAGCGUGAUCCCCCUGCGCGUGUACGCCUUUAAGGAUGGCCUCACGCGGCUUUGCACGGAGGAGUAUAGCCGGGCCUCUAGCGACAACCUUGGCAGGCGCUGCAUGCACCUCACCAACUAUGCCGUCAACAAAGGCUCCGACAACUUCGUUGCAAACGAUCAGGCCGACCUGGGAAGCAAACGCAGCUUGCGCUGGCUCUUGGGCUGGAUCGCGGCGGAGCGCGGCGGCCAGGAGAAGGCGGACGCGCUCUGGCGGAAGAUGGGCGGAGCGAUCACCAAGACCCUCGUGUCUGUGUUGCCGAUAUUGCACCGAGAGUACCUGCAUAUGUUUGGCCACGACAAUGGCCUGCACCGUCCCGCUGCCACAAGUGCCACCAACACCACCGCCAACACCGCCUCCAACACCGCCAACGCCAAAACUAGUGCCUCCUCCAGAAAUGUCGCUCGCAGCGAUUCGAACAGGAGUUGUGACGCGCGGCCACCGGUAGGAAGGGUUGAGGCUGAAAAUACGGGAAGCAGCAGUUGGGACUCUGAUUCGUGUAGAACCGGGGAUUCUAUCCGCGACGGAAUCGUCGGUCAGAUAAGUGGUUCAGAAGAGCAGCCCCCGCGACAACUGGGGGAAGACGAACCUGCUUCUUAUUUCUCCAGUGAGGCUCCUGGCAAGGACAAAACUCUGGAAGAAGUAGAGUCCACGUCGCCACGAAGCUCAAGGGGGGCUGCAGGAGGUACCGGUGCCGUGGAGAAGGAUAGUGAACCUGGUGGCAACGGGACCCAACCAGGAAUAGCAGAACGUGGGGAGAGAUGUGGAGGAAAGCAGGCGCAGAACUACGACAUUUCAGUCGAUGGUGACGGGAAGACUGUUGCCGGAGCCAACAACCGCCGCGCGCACGCUGGCGGGGAGAAGGGGAAAGGAAAACCCGCUGGUGACAGCAAGGGUGUGGUGGAGGGUUCUCGCUGUGUGGAGAUACUCGGGUUUGACUUCAUGAUCGACGCGGCGCUCAAGCCGUGGCUGAUCGAAGUGAACCACCUACCAAGCUUCGCGACAGACUCUCCGCUGGACAGGCAAAUCAAGGCCCAGGUCGUGAGCGCGGCCUUGUCCGUCCUGCACGCUAAGGCGGACGACAGAAAGAGGUACGAGGACACCGCCAAGAGGGACGCGCAGAAUAGACUGUACAACCAUGACGCCUCGGCGGCGGGCGCGGCGCAGAGGGAGAAGGAGAGGAAGGAGGCCGAGGCAGCCGUGGCAAAAAUACGAAGAAAGUUGGAGGCGAUUUACAUGCGGUUCGCGCCGCACAAGCUCGGCAAGGUGGACCGCUUGCUGGCUAAAUAUGCCGGGGACGAGAACAAACUGCUGCGGAUUGUUCGGCGAAAGUACGUCGACACAGGGCGCAUGCGUUUGCUACAAUCUCUCCUUGUUUACAUCGAAGGGCGAAAGGAUGCUACGUCUGCUGCCGCUGCGUCUGCGUCUGCGGCUGCGGCUGCGUCUGGGGUUGCUGAAGGGCAGGGAUCGAUUCCGGUCUCGUCUGGCGAUGGGGAAGUCAACGGACAGCAAGCUGUUGACCAUCAACCCCCGCCAUCCUCAUCAUCACCGACAAGGGUCGACACGGCACCGGUCCAUGGGGGCGAGACCAUUCCUCUCGGGGAAGCCACACGAAACGGGCACCGAUCUCGCCAAGCGCUCGUCAAGUCGAAGGCGAACUCAACGGAAGGACAGGCUCCCCUAAUCCUAGAAAUGGAGGAAAAGGAGGAGUCGGGCGGCGCGUAGGCUGGCUAUGAGAGCAGCGCGCGCCGCGAUUGAGCAGCAGGGUCAACUUCUUAGAGUAGCAACCUGGAAUAUGCGGACUUUGGCUGUAAACGGGGCCAAUGGAUACGGGAGAGCCUACAGCGUUCUACACGAGGCAGCGAGACAAGACGUAACGGUGGUAGGAAUGCAGGAGACACGGAGGGCAGGUCGAACGGAAUUUGCAGCAGAGGGUUUCCGGGUGUUCUGCUGUGGCACGGAGACUGGUGAAGUCCAUGGUGUGGGGAUAGCCGCCAAAGAGUCACUGUUCGAGGCAUCCACGUUCACUACGGAGUUUAUCGACGAAUGCCUUAUGUCCAUGAAGUUUUUAUUGACAGGCCACCGUGGAGCGGUCAACUUCGUAGCCGCGUAUGCUCAAACCGAACCUUCAACCACCGACAGCAAUCGCGUGUUCUUGGGAAAACUUGACAGUCUCGUGCGGAGGAUCCCUUCCAAAGAACGUGUGUAUGCCCUAAUGGACGCCAACGUGCGGACGGGAGAUAGGUUGGACGGAGGGGACGGAAGGGUAAUAGGAAUGUACCGGCGUGAUGAGCUCAACGACAAUGGCAUGCUCCUGUACGAAUUUCGCAAUGGAAAACAGACUAGCUCUCACGAACACGUUCUUCGAGACACGCAAAGGUUGAAUAUGGCAUGCAUACAACGGUGUGUCGGGAACCGAUUGCAAGCGCCUUGACUACAUCCUGACAAGGCAGGCACAUCACGGCCGAGUAUCUAACGUAGUUGUCAUCCCCCAGCCGGUUCGCCCAGUCAAAGCAGACUCAGACCACAAUAUGGUAGUAGCCACCGUCAACCUCGGUGACAGGCUUGCCCACAACUGUACAGUCCGGACUAAACCGAAACAGAAGCAAUUCAACAGACGGGAACUGCAGUUCGAAGCAGCACGGUGUGCGGUGACUAGUCGGUUCCUCCUCAACCUCGACACACGACUGGACGAGCGAACAACCACCGCCGCGGAAUUGGCGACCGACUUUACCAAUGCUCCUCGAAGCAGCGCGGACGACCCUAGGGGAGGAACUGCGGAGACGCCGCACGCAGGAAUGGUGUGAGACCCCAGAGACGCGAGCAGCGCUGGAGCAGGCCCUUUCCAAACGGCGGGAAGCGCGCCGGGCGAUGAGGGGUAGCUGGGACUCAGCAACGUGGAGGGUUCUCAAAGCAGCGUGUUAGGGAGUGGCUACAGCAGUCGAAUCGGGUAUUUAUGCCCACCUGGACGGAUAUGUGACUGACCUCGAAGCAAUCUACAAAGAUCGCGACAUGCGAGGACUGUACCAACACCUCAAGGGAUCAGUGGGCCUCAGAGGGAGACAAGCGGGGGGACAGCAGUUCGUCGCGGAUGAGAACGGCGUGUUGCUCCGGAACAGGGACGACAUCCUCCAGCGGUGGGCGAGAUUCUUCAGCACCCUACUCAACACCAAAUCCCCCACCCUGAACCCAGAUAUCAUCGAACGAGUGACGCAGCGGCCAGCGACACGUGACAUUCAGCGGUUGGGAGAUAUGCCAGAACUCGAGGAGGUGGCACGGGCAACGAAAGGCCUCGAGAACUGGAAGGCAACCGGCCAUGACUCCCUCCCUGCCGGGUUGCACAAGAUCGAUGACGACGAACCCUUCGUCCUGGGACACCUCCAUACCAUCCUCGUCAAGGUGUGGAACGGAGGAAAUAUCCCGUGAGAGUGGAAGGAUGCAACCAUCAAGUUGCUGUACAAGAAGGGGGACCGGGCCAACUGUAACAACUACAGGGGGGUUUCGCUACUAUCUCACGUAAGCAAGGUCCCCAUCAAGAUCAUCACCAACCGUCUCAGCGCCUUCAACGAAGUCAACAACACCCUCCCGGAGGAACGGUGCGGAUUUCGACCCGGGCGAUCCACGGUCGAUAUGCUGUUCAUCGUGCGCCGCCUCCAGAAGCUGGGGCGGAGAAAGAAAAUACCGCUCUACAUGUGCUUCGUCGCCUUGAACAAGGCGUAUAAUUCGGUGGACUGAGAGAUGCUAUGGAAGGUGCUGGCCAGGGCCGGGAUUCCCGCGAAGCUGAUCAAAGUCAUCUGCCAAUUCCACGAUGGAAUGCGGGAUCGGGAGCGCAUGGAUGACGGAGAACUAUCGGACUGGUUCCUCGUGACACAGGGCGUGCGACAAGGAUGUGUGCUAUCCCCACUGCUGUCCAACAUCUUCUUCGCCGAGGUCCUCGAGGUCAUUGUCAUCCGAUUCAGCGAGGAUGAUGUUGUUCUGCGGAGCCUGGUGUAGUUGGAGG